AUGGCGUCCGAUAACUGCUAUUACAAUCUCAAUACUGAGAACUGUAUCGCAAUGAACCAAAUUGCGCAAGAAAUCUACCGUUCAGUUCGAGAAAACGACAUAAUCCUUGCCCGUUUGACAGAUUUGGUAGACACCAGACUAAAACUCCCAAAUUUAGCAGACAAAAGUGACAAUGCUGAGGCGGAAUAUAGUGGUGAUUAUCUUCGGAGCCACUUGGAUAAUAAUUUGCAUCUUGAUAGUGUGGAAUACGACGAGACCAAGUUCGCACAGGUGAAGAGCACACGGAUACGCCAAUUGCUAAUAGACAACUACAGGCUUCUAAUUAUAAAACAGAGCAAGCAGGCCGAGAAUAAGCAGCUUUUGAGUAUUUAUAACUCGUAUGAGCAGAUACUAUCUGAAACGAUUGUUCCUAAAUUGACACAGGAUGUCUCUUCGUUGAACAUUGAACGAAUUUUUGCGGCAAGGAUACUCUGUGCUGAACAUAAAUUUCCUCUUGAGGACGAGCUUUGGGGGACAUAUUGCAAGUAUCUUGAGAGUUUGGAAUCAGUGCGUGUAUUCUCAAACAAACUCAUCGAAAUCCUCGUAGGUCAUUUGCAUGACGAGCAGAUGGAGCGCUUGGCAACGCAAGUCAACAUUCUAGGGAACUUGAUUAAACAGUUAAAUGGGGGAGGCUUGCAUAGGAAUCAAAUCUCUAACUUUGACUAUUUGAUAUGA